CUAAAUCUCCCCACGGUAUAGAUUUGUAUUCGUCAGUCGAUCGUUUCAAUACUCUCCACAGUAUAGAGCAUAGAAAAAGAAUAUAGAGUAUAGAGGUCGUAAUUUCACUUUUGAACUAUAAAUAUUGUAAACAACAAAAAUGGCCGCCGUUAAACUCUGUGCAGUGUUGCAGUGAUUUUUAGUAUUUUUAGCAUGAGAUAGAACAGACCUUGUUGUGUGGAUUGUGGGUGAAAGCCUCUAAGUAGUUUUAACAGCUGUCAAACACGUUUUUAGAUUAUUUUGUUUUUUUAUUUGAAAAUAAUUAGAAUAAAAAAGUGGGAAAUACAUUGAUAGGAGGUUUUUUCUUACUUUUUUACUUUUAAAAAUUCAGAUUUGUAAAUUAAUUUUUAACCUAAUCCCACACUAUUAAAAAAAAAAAUUUGAACAAAUCCUAAAAGUGUGAAAAACUCAUAAUUUCUCAUACUUGUUUUACUAUCCUAAGGGUACUCCCAAAAAUUCAGAUUUGUAAAUUAAUUUUUAACCUGAGCCCCAACUAUGGUAUACUUUAAAAAAGAAUAUUGCUAAUAACGUCAAUAAUAAAAAAAAUGGUAUAAACCAGGACCAAAUCUGCAAAACCAGUACACAAUAUAAACCAUGGUUGGCAUACACUAUGCACCAAUCUUUGUAUCGCUUCUAAAGGGUGGUUUAGGAGAGUAGCAUAGUUCAGGAGUGGCAGUUGCCCCCCCCAGAAUUGUCUAACGCCCAUGGUUUGCGAUAUAGUGUAAUUUUAAUGGUUGCUAAAAUUAGUUGUAAAUCCACAAUAUUUAGGAUUAAUUUUAUCAAUAGAUAAUUUUUAAGAUUAAAAUAUUAUCAAAUGAAAAUAGUCCAAGUAUAUCUAAUAUAUUUAAUCUAUUUAAACCCAAGUAAUUUCAGUGGUAUUUCGUAAAAAUGUAUACAAAAUAUUGUUUUUUGUCAUUUUUAUUGUUAUUUAACAACGUUAAAUCAGAUUCAUGUUCAUUUCCUUUAGUAACUGAAUUUUCGCAAAAAACUUGCAUAGACAAAGGUAAAAAUAAUAGUUUUACUUACUAUUAUUUUAAAGGUACAACUUGCAUACCAACAUGUAAAAAAUAUGACCCCACUUCAGAUAACCAGGUACCUGACGAUGGUGUUUGUCCUUUGGGAUAUUUAAAUACUAGAAGAUGCAAUGGUAGUAAAAACGUUGACAAAAAAUGCACAACUGACAAGGAUUGUGGGAAACUGUCAAAGUGUAAACAAAAAUGUUUUCCAAUUACGGAAAGUUGUAUGUCUUAUCAUGCACAAACAAUGGAUUUCAAUAAAACUUACUAUAGCGCUCAAAAAUUUAAGCCCACCUGCUUAAAUGAUGGCACAUGGGCUCCAAAACAGUGUAAAGGCGGCGAAACUGGAAGAUGUUUCUGUUUUGAUGCAAACGGAAAGAGACUAUUUGGUGAAGCACUACAUAAAGAUUCUAAAGAUAUGACUUGUGCUUGCAGCAAAAAACGGGAAGAAAUCCUAUCUUCAGGUAAAAGAAGCUUUUUGUUUUUACACUGUGACAGUAUGGGUAACUUUGAACCUUUGCAAUGCGACGGUGCGCAGUGCUGGUGCGCAGAACCCAAAACGGGCGACUUGACAUCCGCGGUGGUUCCCAUAAGGGCUGUUAUGCACCUCCCUUGUUAUGAUUCGGGAACUUUUGGUGAUCAGUAUUUUAGACAAUGUGACAGUGAAAAAUAUGCGCAAGAAAUUCAGAAAAGAGAACAAAUGUAUCAUGGAGUUACUAGUUUUAACUUUAGAUACUUAAAGUGUGACGGAGACGGUGCUUUUGGGCCUUACAAUGUUUCUGAAUCAAGGCCUUUUUGCACUUGGAGGGAUGGUUCUAAAAUUAGUCCGUAUAUGGGACAAGACAUGGGCGAUUUAGAUACUUUAAACUGCAAUUGCGCAAGAGAUCAAAAAAGAUACGGAACAAGCCUGUAUUGCCAACAAUCGGGAAAUUACAAUAAUACGCAGACUUCUCCUUCCGGCGACAAAUAUUGUGUGGAUGCUGACGGGUUCGCCACCUCAGAUUUAAACCCCGAUAAAGAAUGUGACAUGUUUUAUUAAUAAUCAAUAAAACAAUUAAUGGCUAAAUAUUUUUAGAGAAUGUGACUCACAACCACUUUUUAAAUAUUAAAUAAAAUAUUUAGCUAUAUUGCACACUUUUGUUAUAAAUUCGAUUGGUUUAAUAUACAUAAUCUAAAACGUUAAAAAAUAUUGUAAAUAAGUGGCAAUGUUGUAGUAAAACUAAUAAUUAAAAUGUUCAACAAAAAUACAUUUUCAUAAAAAAUAGUUUAUUUUAUUUUAUCUCUUGGCAAAAAAGUGUCAUUAAAUAAAUAUUUAAAACAUUACAUUGUCAUUUUUGGUUCUGACCAACAAUUUAAAUAGACACAAAACAUAAUUUAAACAAAGAAAACCUAUUUUUUAUGAAAAUCACAAACAGUUAAAUGAAUAAACAUAAUUAUUUAGAACAAUGUAAUAAAUUUAUAGUUUAUAUACAAAUUUAAACAAUUAUUAACAAACCAACAACAAUAAAAAAUACUUUGUAAUUUUUUAAACGCGAUCGGCAUCAUAUUUAAUAAUACUUCUAAACUUAAUGUAAGUAUUUUGUAAAUAAAAAAUAUAUAAAAAAAGUAUGUGCAACAAUAAUUUAAUACACAGAGGGCCCAAUAAUUCGCCAUUCCAUGAUUUAAUUUUAUGAAAAUUAAAAAAAAAUCAUAAGAAUAUGUUUCUUUGAAAAAAGUAAAAACGAAAAAUGUCGAAUUUGAUGAAGGAUCCCACUGUGAAAAAGCUACAAAAUUAAGUAAACAAAACGUAAGUCAGGCUGAAUGUUUAAAGCUAUUCGAUGUUGUUUUGUUGUGCUGCGGGGGGCGGGUGAUGGUCGUAGUGCGCAUGCGUGGCGCCGCCUCCGCCGACUUUUCGUCAUUCGUCCAGCUCGUCCAUGCGACAUCUUACGGCCAUUUCGACUACUUCCAGGCUCGGAUAGUCCAGCUCUUUUACCAGGCAGAGCACCGCCGAGAGGAUGUUCGAGUUCUAA